AUGCUGCGGCGCAUACCAGACUGGGGCAUCCCUAUGGUGGCCCACCAGAUGGCAGCUGGAUGUGGGGGAUUCUUCUUGUCUUUUCGUGGGGUUCGUAACACUCGCCAUGACAGCUGCAACGACGAGCUGACCAGCAGCCACUUCGACCUGCAGGACAUUCCCGUGGACCGCCUGACCCACCGCUACUGGGACGACGUGAACACGCCGUACGACAUGUUUCUGCUCGAUGAAUUUCCUUUUGGGGAGGGCGGCGUGGACACCGCAGAACAUAUUUUUGAGCGGGAUCGCCAGCUGCUUUUGAAGGAGUACCUUUAG